AUGGUACGUCAACCUAAGAAGCUGACGGACUGUCCGGAAAAUCUCCGGGAGUCCAUCGACUGGUUGAUCCAGGUUAAGCAUGGGAAUGGGAAUGGUGAUGGCCUUGGGCCUUUGGCUGAGGCUUUGAAAAAGUUUAUUAAUGAUGCUAUUAAAAAGGCUGAAAAGAGUCUAACUGAAAGGCAAAAACAACUUGAAUGCCCUAGUAAAUCUUCUGAGGAGUCCUAUUGUGAUGAGCUUCAAGAGAAAAUUAAGAAAGCUCAAAAUCCUAAAAACGAGUCUGAAUUAUCUAAGCUUAAAUCGGAGAAAGACAAACAUUAUAAUGAAGUUCAUUACCUUACUCAGGAUGCCAGGGAUAAGGCUUUGAAGGAUAUUAAGGAGCGGCAGACUAAGCUUAGUGAGCUUAAAGAUAAACUUGAAGCUUUUAUUGGCAAAGAUAAAGAUAACGCUGAAACAUGUCAAAAUCUUUUAACAAAUCUCAGUGAAGGCUUAGAAAAGUUUUUAGGUUUCAACUCUGAGUCCAAAGGCUACGAUGGCUCCGGCAUCGUGUACUCGGACCUUGACAGGCUCUGCGACGGGGUGAUGGCGUUUUUGCACGGGGUGCUCAGUGGAGUGAAGGGUUAG